CGGAGGAAUCGAUAUUUCAGUGUCGAUCACAUCACUAUGAAGAAGUCGGGAGUGACAUGUGAGGGUGAUGCAGGGCAUGUAUGAUGGUGGUGAGACGUGCUGCUGAUGAACCACCAUAAACAGGUCCCGUGUAGUACUGCAGUAGACGAAGGCUUCCAGCUUCAGCUUCUUUCUGAACCACGCCCGACAGGGUCAUAUUUCGAUAAACACCCCCUGCGUGAACAAGCGACAACCGGCCCAUCCGGCUGUUUGAUAAAGCGCACCCACAACCGAUUGGCUACGGGUUUUGUGACGCUACCGGAUGUGGAGAGAAUACAGUGGUCCACCGUAACGCGAGGAAAGAAAGCAAGCAUGAGGAUUUCCAACAGUCACCUGCAGCAGCUCACCAUCUUCACCACCGUGCUGACGGGUGCAGGGAUCGGCACAAUGUACUACCUGCUACAGAAGAACUUUGCUGCGUCAGACUACCACAGGCUGGCUUUGCAGGAGUUGGAGGCAUGUCCAGUUGCCAUGGAAAGCCUGGGGGCGCCACCUUUAAAGGUCCACAACAUCCAUCUGACUGACAGAUACAACCGUGUAGAUAAGCACACUGCACAGAUAAAGAUUCCUGUGACAGGGAUUAAAACCGGAGGCUAUCUGUGUGCGUCUUCACUGAGGGAUCCCAACACAAACAGGUGGAAUCUGAAGCAAGCAGUUCUAAAGCUCAGGGAAGGAAAUGCCAUUGACCUGCUGAAUCCUCCAUCAACUACAGCACAAAGCCACGCAGCAGGGCACGCAGACGGGGUAGACGUGGGCCGCUGGCACUGACCAGCUUUAUGAACAAACAGCUAUGCCUGCAAGAGGAAGCAAGCGCUGAAGAUGUUUUGAGCUAUAUUUACUCCACAUUCAUUGUAUGGUCAUCUUUUAAGGGAACCAUCAAGAAGAAAAGCUCUCAGUGCCGCAGACUGCUGCAGACGGUUGCAGCUGAGUGGACUUGUGCACUCACUGCUGCCUCUGUCACAAAUCAUUAGAAAUGUACAAAUAUGCACCAAUCAAUAAAUGUUACAAAUGUAUUAGUUUCUAACAUAAUUGACUUUCACACAGACUUGCAGAUGUGUGUGUCUGUAUGUGUUCAGGGGAAACGGUAUGAUAUUCAUAAAACAGGACGUAAAGCUGUGGUUUCACUUUUACCGUAACCUUCUGCUUCCUGUGCAGAUGUAGAGCGAACACACAACCACCGAUAUAAAGAAUGCAUGUUUGCCAUGCUCGGCUUUCUGUGGUUUCUCUUCAGCUUUUUAUCCUGUUAUUUUUGCUCUCGGUCUCAGUCAAAAUUUCCAAAAUAACAAAUUUCCAAAAUAGCAACACUUGAAGCUAUGUGUGCGUGUGGAUGCAUUAUCAUUUGGUCAUAACACUUUUCCUACUGUCACAAAGAUUUUCAGACAAUGUUUUAUGGAGAUGGUUGGACUUGUGCACUCAGAUCAUUACAUUUUAGGACAGUGACGCAGUUUUUGUAAUUUUGUCUCUGCACAGCACCGCAGUGGAUUUUACUUCAACCAGCAUGUGAUUCAAGUACAGACAAAAGAACCAAUUCGUUUCAAGUAAAGAAACUGUUGUUUAAUACUUG